UGCUGCGGGGCCGUAAAGCGCGGAAGGUCGUCGCCGCGGUCUCCCGCUUCCCCGGAACUUUUUCAUCUCUCCGGCCCGGCCCCCUUCCCAUUCCCUGUCCCCGUUCCGGCGCCCGGGUUCCCAGCCAACUGUUGUGGUUGCAGCGCCGCUUCCGCCGAGUGUUACCGAGCGCGGAGCCCGUGAGGGCCCAUGAGCAGCCCUUUUGUACACACCGCUGUGAGCAGACGGAGGAACAACGCAGAGGGAGUGAGAGCUGUCGUCUUGCUCUUGCUGGUUUUCAGGCUUGUAUAUCCAGCUGCUGCUUGGUGUUUCCCUAUGGAUGCCUGAUGGCUACCUUGCACUUAACAUUUUGAAUUCUUGGGAUCUCCUUCUUAGCUGAGUGAGAGCACAUCUCCCAGUUGCUGUCAGACGUGAUGUUUUACUGGUUGCUAUCGGUGGUCCGAAGACAAAGAAUUAGGAGAGGAUGGCAGAAGUGGUCCUCAGCCAGAAGUGGUGCGUCAGUUGCUGAGGCUCAUUCUGUUGCCCUGCCCACCCAGGCACAGGUGGUCAUCUGCGGUGGUGGAAUUAUGGGCACAUCUGUGGCCUAUCACCUCUCUAAGAUGGGGUGGAAGGAUAUUGUCCUUUUGGAGCAGGGCAGGCUGGCUGCUGGCUCUACGAGGUUUUGUGCUGGCAUCCUAAGCACUGCCAGGCACUUGACCAUUGAGCAGAAGAUGGCAGACUAUUCAAACAAACUCUACCAUCAGUUAGAGCAAGAAACUGGGAUCCAAACAGGUUACGUAAGGACAGGCUCGAUCUUUCUGGCCCAAACUCAGGAUCGGCUGAUCUCUCUGAAGCGCAUCAACUCAAGGCUGAAUGUUAUAGGCAUCCCUUCUGAGAUCAUCUCCCCCAAGAAAGUGGCCGAACUUCAUCCUCUCCUCAAUGUGCACGACCUGGUGGGGGCCAUGCAUGUUCCUGAGGAUGCAAUGGUGUCCUCCGCCGAUGUGGCUCUUGCCCUGGCAACUGCUGCCUCCCAAAAUGGUGUUCAGAUCUAUGACCGGACAAGUGUUCUUCAUGUAAUAGUCAAAAAAGGUCAAGUUACUGGCGUGGAGACAGAUAAAGGACAAAUCCAAUGCCAGUAUUUUGUCAACUGUGCUGGUCAGUGGGCAUACGAGCUGGGUCUGUCCAACGAGGAGCCGGUUAGUAUCCCGUUACAUGCCUGCGAACACUUCUACCUUCUGACUCGCCCCUUGGAGACCCCUCUGCAGAGCAACACACCAACUAUUGUGGAUACUGACGGAAGAAUCUAUAUUCGGAACUGGCAGGGUGGCAUCUUGUCUGGGGGCUUUGAGAAGAACCCGAAACCAAUUUUCACUGAGGGCAAGAACCAGCUGGAGAUUCAGAAUCUACAGGAAGACUGGGAUCAUUUUGAGCCCCUGUUGAGUUCCCUCCUGCGUAGGAUGCCCCAGCUGGAGACUCUGGAGAUCAUGAAGUUGGUGAAUUGCCCUGAGACCUUCACACCAGACAUGAGGUGCAUCAUGGGCGAGUCUCCUUCAGUACAAGGCUACUUUGUCCUGGCAGGAAUGAACUCUGCUGGCCUUUCAUUUGGCGGAGGAGCUGGAAAGUACCUCGCAGAAUGGAUGAUGCAUGGGUAUCCCUCAGAAAACGUCUGGGAAUUGGACUUGAAACGUUUUGGAGCCCUCCAGAGCAGCCGUACCUUUUUGCGCCACCGGGUCAUGGAAGUCAUGCCUCUGCUGUACGAUCUGAAGGUUCCCCGUUGGGACUUCCAGACCGGGAGGCAGUUACGCACAUCUCCCCUCUAUGACCGGCUGGAUGCACAAGGAGCCAGAUGGAUGGAGAAACAUGGAUUUGAGAGGCCAAAGUACUUUGUGCCACCGGACAAAGACCUCCUGGCAUUGGAGCAGAGCAAGACUUUCUAUAAGCCAGAUUGGUUUGACAUUGUGGAGUCUGAAGUCAAGUGCUGUAAGGAAGCUGUGUGUGUCAUUGACAUGUCCUCUUUCACAAAGUUUGAAAUAACAUCCACCGGGGAUCAGGCAUUAGAAAUUCUACAGUACCUCUUCUCCAAUGACCUUGAUGUGCCUGUGGGCCACAUCGUGCAUACUGGCAUGCUCAACGAGGGUGGAGGGUAUGAAAAUGACUGCAGCAUAGCGCGACUGAGCAAGCGCAGUUUCUUCAUGAUUUCUCCAACCGACCAGCAGGUCCACUGUUGGGCCUGGCUUAAGAAACACAUGCCACAAGACAGCAACCUGCUUCUGGAGGAUGUCACCUGGAAAUACACUGCCCUCAAUCUGAUUGGUCCUCGAGCUGUGGAUGUGCUGUCCGAAUUGUCCUAUGCCCCUAUGACUCCAGACCACUUCCCAAGUCUGUUUUGCAAGGAGAUGAGUGUGGGCUAUGCGAACGGGAUCCGGGUGAUGAGCAUGACCCACACGGGAGAGCCGGGAUUCAUGCUGUAUAUCCCUAUAGAGUAUGCCCUGCAUGUUUACAAUGAAGUGAUGAGUGUUGGGCAGAAAUAUGGAAUCCGGAAUGCUGGGUAUUAUGCUCUUCGUAGUCUCCGAAUUGAGAAGUUUUUUGCCUUCUGGGGUCAGGAUUUAAAUACCCUCACCACCCCGCUGGAAUGUGGACGAGAGUCUUGGGUGAAAUUAGAGAAGGGGAUGGAUUUCAUUGGGCGAGAUGCCCUGCUGCAGCAGAAGCAGAAUGGGGUAUAUAAACGCUUCACCAUGUUCAUCCUGGAUGACCACGACACAGACCUGGACCUCUGGCCUUGGUGGGGAGAGCCCAUUUACCGAAACGGGCAGUAUGUUGGCAAGACCACCAGCAGUGCCUACAGCUACACCCUAGAGCGCCACGUUUGCCUAGGCUUUGUGCACAAUUUCUCCGAGGACACUGGGGAAGAACAGGUGGUGACAACAGAUUUCAUCAACCGGGGAGAGUAUGAGAUUGACAUCGCGGGUCACCGGUUCCAGGCCAAGGCCAAGCUCUACCCAGUUGCCUCCCUCGUCACCCAUAAGCGCCGAAAGGAUGACGUGGAGCUAAGUGACUUGCAUGGGAAGUGAUGCCAGGCAGUCUCGCUGCCUCCCAUCUUCUCACCAUCUUAGGAGCUUGUCCUCCUCCUGAGCCUGACCCUUUUGAUUUAAGCUUUGCCUCCCAUCUCCUAUCUCUUUGAUAUGAUUUUAAACUUUUCCUACUUUUAAACUUUUUGCUUUGCAACCUCUCGUCCAUCCAUCUUCUCCUCCUCCCUUUUGCAGUUUCCCAUCUCCUGAUACUCACUCUGGGCCGUUCUUCCCGUCCCUCCACCCCUCUCAGAUUCCCAUGUGACAGGAAGCAUGUCUGACAGGCAGGACAGGAGCAAACUCCAGUUGUGGAAGUAGGUUACUGUGACAUCUGAUUUCAAAUGCUGUGUCUUAACACAAGGGAAGCUGGUGGUGUGCAGGCCUCAGGGCAAGAGUCCAGCUCCUUGGGGCUAAGUUUUCUUGGAGUAACCUGUUAAUUUUGGUGGGUUGCUGUAUGUUUGAUAGAGCCCUGUGGAACAGUUUGUGCCUUUUAGCCAGGCAGAUCAUUCUCCUGUUCCACUGUGCUGAUACCCUGAUACCUCUAGCAAGAGGAUGACCAUCUACCUCAUUGAUGAGAGGCAUCGUGUGGAUGUGAUCUGGUCUGUAGGAGAGAUAAAUAGCUAACCUGGCACCCUCCCCAGCCUCCCUACCAAACUAGUUAUCAUACUCUUGGGCCAGGGCCACUUGCAUAUAAUUUCUUCAUCUCUUGCUAAUCUCUAUAAUUGAGGGGUUUUGUGUGUUUGUUUCUUGGCUGAGUAGACAAGACAGUCACAGUGUUUGAAAGGGGAAAACCAUGUUGCCUUUUGUGUUGCUUAUCCCAGCUGACAGGGUCUGACCUCAGGAAGUACACCACCGCUGAUGCUGAGUCUUCUACGAUUAAGGCAGUGCUGCUGUUCUUUCAGCUACUGAGUUCAGUCAUCCCAUCUUGGAUUCUCCUCUGCUCUGUUGCUUGCAUUUGACUUGAUCAGUGCAGCCUCACCUGUCUCUCCUACAGUAGGCUCACUAGCUCAGCAACAUGUUUCUCUCCCUUUAGAAGAGGGAGAAGGUAGGACGAGCCAUCCUCGUUGAGUAAUUGAACUUUGCUGGCCAUGCUGAGGUUCAGAGAGCUACUAGAACCCCAAGUUUUGCUUCCUCCGGCACAGAACAGACAGACCCACACAGAGAAAACCCACAUGGGUCCAGUGAGAGUUCUGAGUAUGGAGGGCGUGCAUUACACGAGCCUAGAAGACUGCUUCCCCUCUUUUCCUUCCAGGCUCUUUUUUUCUCCAUCCAGCCAUCUCUCCAUAUCCUCUGGAAUAGAAAAUGACUUGGGGUACCCCAAGAUGGCCCUGCACACUUUUAAGGGGUAUCACAGUGGUAAGUGGUAUCACAGACUGUGCUAUCCAUCCCAAUACUUCAUUUUCCCUUGUGCAAUAACUGCCCUGAUCUGAUUCCUUUUUAAGUGCCAAGUGCUGUUAGAGAAGUUAAUUAAAUAUAGCCUUUGUUGUCUUGGUAUCUUGGAAGCAUUAGCUCUGAUAAGUCUAUAAGAAUCUUAAAGAUCCUUUCAUUUUACCAGAGCAGCUUAAAAUUCUGCCCACUCUGGCAUUUCUUUGGGAUCUUUGUUUAUCCACUUAAUCAGGCUGGUUCCUUGUAACAUUACUUGUCAUUUCCCCAGCCAGACCACUCCUACUUGAUUACUGACUUUAGUGUCCACCCUUUUUAGGAGGGCUUAGUUGAUUUAGUAAGGGAGGAGCAUGUGAUUAGAAUUGUUUGGGGGCCUUGCUAUUUGGGUGCAAAUGUGUAUUUAACUAGCUGAGAGAUGCUGCUCCUAGGCAAAGAAGAGAGAGGAGGAGAGGUGUUGCCCAGCUGCAGAGCAGAGCUGUGAACAGCUGCUGUGAAGGACUUGGGACAGCAGGAAAAGGGCACUUGGCCAAUGCGGGUGUUACCAGCAGGGAGCUGACGGACCCAAGAAGAUGGAAACAUGUAGCGCUAAAGGUAUCACAUGCUCUGCACCACUCCAAAGUCAAUUUGUAAAUGAAAAACUAUUUGGGAUUGAAUCCAAAAGAAAUUGUAGAUUUAUGCAUAAAUUUCAUCUUGUCUAAAAAUAGGAGUCACACUCCCAAGACACUGGUAAGAUGUUAAUCUUAUGGGGCAUCACUUAUUUAUUGAGUGCCCUGAAACAUACCUAUUUAUCUUUUGGCACUUUAAAAUUCAGCCUUGGAGUCUCUUUUGGUUCAUUCAAAUAUAGGCAGAGUGGAUCUGGUAGUUUUCUCUGUUUGGUCCUAAAUCUGAAGGAGGUGAGUCUUUCCUGCCUCUUGCAUAAUUGACAAUCAAGAUACCCUCAUUUCUGUGUCAUUUCCAUCUCUUGGACAGUGGGCCACGUGUGUUGCCCUGUGUGACAACUUAGCUCUCCCUAGAGAGUCGAGGGAUUCUGGAUUCUUGUGAAUGGGUAGCUGGAUGUUGGUCUUAGGUGGCUGGUACUUUUUUCUCUCUGAAAUGAUCCACCAUCAUCUCUUGGGGGAGAGGCUCUGCACUCCUUUCUAUCUUGUUAGCAUAUUCAGUUGAAGAAUCUUUUUGAACCUAGAAACACACAGUGUGUUGGCCUCAAGCAGAUGAAGACCCAGGGUUAUAAGUCUCCUAUGGGUCUUCUUCUUCCUUGACGUAUGUUCCAAGCCCCUAGUUCCUCAUGCCCCAUGUAAAUCCUGUGUCUUGGCACUGCCACGGUCGUUUGACUUACAUUGAAGCUUGCAUCCGAAAGAUGUCCCAUCUGAAAUCAGGAUGGGAAAACUGAAAAUUCAGAAAGUUUUAAGAGCAAAAAGGGUCAAGAACUACCUGCUUGGGUAGCCUGUUUGAUGUCCUUUAACUUGUGUUGCAGUCACAUAGCACCUCAUGGGCAAGACAUGCUCCAGGAGAGAGAACUGAACAAUUCCCACUACAUUUCCAGUGCUUUUCUGGGGAGCCUCUGUGCCCCCAAAUGUGGGAGGUGGUUAACCUCAGUUUCCCUUUGGCCCCCAAAAUCCCAGUUCUAUAGGAGUAGAGCCCAGUCAUUUUGAUUCUCAUCAGGAGGCGUGCAGUCCCUGGAUUCUAUCUCCUUGUACAGACCAAGAGUUUCACCUUCUUCCCUGGGCUUUUGUUUCUAAGAAAAUAACUAAAACGUGAAAAAUAACUCUAGCCUUCUCUAUUACCCUGCCUUUGCAUGCAUUUGAAAUGUUAACCCCUCCCCACCGCCACCACGUAUGUGGCAGGAAUGACAGCUUUCUAAAAGAGGCUUUGCUUCACUGAAGAAAUGACCCACUGCCUUGAUUUCUGGCUCUGUUUAUCCUUGGGCUUAUGGACACAUUUACUGGCAUCUGAGUGAGUGUUCACCAUCCUUUGAGAACCUGAAGUAGAUAAAGGGGAAUCUUCUAUGACCUGUAGUCUUGGUUCUGACCCGUAGAAGGCUGUGUCCUGGUACAACAAUUGCAUUGGCUUUCUUUCAGGGUUACCUGCAAGGUUCAUUUUUUAUCUCUUUGUUGCCGCUUGGCCAGGUAGUCAGCACGGAUCCUUUUUAGUAUCUAAGCUAGAGGUUUGGUCAACAGUGCUUAAUUCUGUAUUCAGACCUCCUACUGUUUUCAUUUUCUUUCUGCACACCCCCUCCUCACAUGCCUCACAAACUUUGAUAUAAGCAGCAUUUUAUCAACUUGAUAUAGGGAAAAUUUUCAUGAGUAAAGAAUUUUCAUCUUGCACAUGGAUUCAGGAGAAGCACACAAGUGGAAGAAAUGGUAGAUGAAAUAAGAUGUUUUAGGCGUUAUAACCACGUCCUGCAGUAAGCCAUGGAUGAACUGUGGGUCUGCCUGUCAGCGCCUCCCUCCCCACUACCACUUUUGGCCUCCACUUCAAGGUGCUGAGUUGUAAGGCUCCUUCAUUGUCACUAUGGGGCUCCCAUUUGCAGUCCCUCAUCACUACAAAUGCACUAUUUUUCAAGAGGACUGAGUAUUUUUGUAUGUCUUUGCCUUCUCUUUGUCCAUUAAACACCAGUUGUUCCUUGUAUAAUGUGAUUCUUGACUUGACAGAGCAGAGCAUCCCUUGGAGAAUUACACAUUUCUUCAUGGGCCGUUUUCUCAUGAUAUUUAGAUGCACCUAUUUUUAUCCUUUGCAAACCUUCUGCCUUCUCAUUUUUCUGUCUCUCAAGGACAGAAAUUAUAAGAGGUGAGGAGGAUAUUUUUAGCAUCUGUUUCAAAAGAUCUAUGCCAGGGUUUCCUUUGCACACCAAGAACUGGGGCUCGGAGCACCUCUUUUCUCCAAGCCAGGUUCUAGUGCCUUACACUCCAGAAUGUCACAUGGUGGGUGUAGAGAGGAAGGAGGAAAAAGAAAGUAACUUCCUUUCAGUCUGACAGUUCCCAUCCACCCUGCAUAGCCUCUCCUUCUCCAGACAGAUGGUGUGGGAUAGAAAGCUUCUGCAGCUUGUUUCAGUGAAGGGUUUUCUAGCACAUGGUUAACACUUUACUCUCUGGUCAACCCUUGGGAUGUAUGAAAGCACCACUGUAAUUAUUGUAAAGUGCUAUAACUCAUUAUUUGCAUUUGUAAAUGUGCGGUUCAGCUCAGCCCUUUUCUGUCCCUGUGUAGAGUUUAGCAUGUGGUCCUGAAGACAUUCAAGGCACUUUAGUAAAUGGGAUCUGUCCACACAAGCCCUGGUGACUUUAGGCACACAGGGUGACCAAGCAUUUCUGCCCUCCAUGAAUGUGAUAUUAACAUUGUGCACUGUAUUUCUAUCAAGCCAGAUUUCAAGUAAGAUUUUCUUUUCAUGUUACUAGGUUUGUAAAUGAAUAAACAGACAUUUUAAUUA